CCCCCCACCCAGGCCCUGGCCCUGUGCCGCUUCUUUGAAGAGCAGCACAUGGAUUUCCGCGGGCGCACCGUCAUCGAGCUGGGCGCCGGCACCGGCAUCGUCGGCAUCCUGGCUGCGCUGCUGGGAGGGGACGUGACCAUCACGGACCUCCCCAUGGCGCUGGAUCAGAUCCGGGAGAACGUGCGGAGGAACGCAGCGGCAGUGGCGGCGGCGGCGGGGAGAGCGCGGGUGCGGGCGCUGGCGUGGGGCCGGGAGCUGAGCUCCUUCCCGCGGGGUUACGACGUGGUGCUGGGCGCCGACGUGGUGUACGAGCCGCGCUGCUUCCCCGCGCUGCUGGCCACGCUGCGGCACCUGUGCGGGCCGCGCUCCGUCGCCUUCCUCAGCUGUGGCAUGCGGCGCGAGCUGGGCGCCGGGCGCUUCUUUGACACGUUGCUGCCGCCGCACUUCCACGUCGAACUGCUGCGACGCCACGACGACACCGACGUCAGCCUGUACCGCCUGACACAGCAGCACGAUGACACCAAUGUCAGCCUCUAGCAGCUGACACAGCAGCACGAUGACACUGACAUCAGCCUGUACCGCCUGACACAGCAGCACAAUGACACCAAUGUCAGCCUCUAGCGGCUGACACAGCAGCACGAUGACACUGACAUCAGCCUGUAGCGCCUGACGCACCACAAUGAUGACACCGAUGUCCGCCUGUAGCACCUGACACAACAGCAUGACAACGCUGACGUCAGCCUGUACCGCUGCUGUGUCACAGUGACACCGCUGUCAGCCCGUACUGCCUGACACACCACGAUGACGCUGACACCAGCCCGUAGCGCCUGGCGUGCCCGUGGAGCAACACCAACAUCAGCCUGUACCACCUGGUACAACGCCGUGACAACACCGACAUCAUUCUGCACCUCCUGAUGUGCCACUGCAACACCGGCGUCAGCCUGUAGUGCCUGACACGCCACAAUGACACCAGCAUCAGCCCGUGGCGCCUGACGCACCACAACGAUGGCACCGAUGUCAGCCUGUGCCGCCUGGCGUGUCACAACAACACCGGCACCAGCCUGUACUGCCUGACACACCGUGACGCCGCCGCCAUCGGCCUGUACCGCCUGACACAGCAGCACAACGCUGAUGUCAGCCCUUACUGCCUGACACACCGUGACGACAGCAGCGAUGUCGGCCCGUACCCCCUGACGUGCCACAGCGCUGAUGCUGCUGUCACCCUGUACCGCGUGACAUAACAGGACGGUGAGACCGACGUCAGCCUGUGACACACUACAAUGACAGCAACGUCGGCCUGUUCCGCCUGACACAAUGCCGUGGUGACACCGCUGUCAGCCCGUAGUGCGUCGCACCACUGCAGUGACGCUGCCAUCGGCCCGUAGUAGUAGCCUGACGCGCCACUACAACGUCGCCAACGUCAGCCCAUAGCGCCUGACUUUGCCUGCAGGACGACACCGAUGGCAGCCUGUGCCGCCUGACGCAACAGCACAAUGACA